UUUGUAUCAGACCUGGGAUUCGAAAACAAAGUUGACGCAAAAGACAACACUGGAGCUAUGAGACCAAGAUAAGAAUGUGUUGAACCAGGGAACGUGUUGUGUCUCUCACAAGUAGCUCUGUUUUUCAAACUCAGGUCCUCAGCUCCUUUGACUCGUCUGGUUGGUUGGCUGAGAUCGUUCUAAUUUGUUCUGUUCUGUGGGAAUUGUUUUGAGCUGGUAGCCCGGUUCAGGAACACCCAGUCCCUACGUGACUUGAGUCCACUUGAGGGACGUCACCGACAGAAGGGUCAGAGGGCGACGGUGAGGUCACCGACCAGAGUGAGAGACUGGAGAAAGAGAGCUUGGCAAUUGGACCCAACAUGGAGGGGUACGGCUACGAACACUUUGGGGUGGAUGGAGAGCGGGACAGCCACCAGAUGGACUACCGGAGGAUCGUAGGGGACACAGAGCUACCCCGUCCCAGCUCCAACCCUUCACCGCAAGACGCGGAGCACCUCUUCCGCCUCAGCCCCCAUGGGCAUGGGCAUGGGCACGGGCAUGAGACGGCCGCCCAGCGAUACAGCGCCACCCGCAUCCAGGCUGGCUUUGGCCCCGAGAGCAUGGCUGAUUACCUGAUCAGUGGUGGUACGGGCUAUGUCCCAGAAGACGGACUCUCCGCACAACAGCUUUUCUCCGUUGGAGACGGCCUCACCUACAAAUCUGCUCAACAACAGUCUGUUGUCGCUGAUGGUCAAACGGCAGAAGAGCUAUGCUCUAAAGGCGACGGGUUGACUUACAACGACUUCCUGAUUCUGCCGGGCUUCAUUGAUUUUACCUCAGACGAUGUGGACCUGACCUCUGCCCUGACCAGGAAGAUCACCCUGAAGACGCCUCUCAUCUCCUCCCCCAUGGACACAGUCACAGAGUCAUCGAUGGCCAUCGCCAUGGCGCUCAUGGGAGGCAUCGGCCUCAUCCAUCACAACUGCACCCCUGAAUUCCAAGCCAACGAGGUCCGCAAGGUUAAGAGGUUUGAGCAGGGCUUCAUCACAGACCCUCUUGUAAUGAGCCCGCGUCACACGGUGGGGGAUGUGUUCGAGGCCAAGACUCGCCACGGCUUCUCUGGCAUCCCCGUCACCGAGACUGGCAAGAUGGGCAGCAAGCUGGUGGGCAUCAUCACCUCCAGAGACAUCGACUUCCUCUCCGAGAAGGACCACAGCCGACCACUGGAGGAGGCCAUGACUAAGAGGGAGGAGCUAGUGGUGGCCCCAGCCGGUGUCACGCUGAAAGAGGCUAACGACAUUCUACAGCGAAGCAAAAAAGGCAAGCUGCCCAUCGUGAAUGACAGUGAUGAGCUGGUGUCCAUCAUCGCCAGGACAGACUUGAAGAAGAACAGGGACUACCCCCUGGCCUCCAAAGACUCUCGCAAACAGCUGCUGUGCGGAGCCGCCAUCGGCACCAGGGACGACGACAAGUACAGACUGGACCUACUGAUGCAGGCUGGGGUCGACGUGGUCGUACUGGAUUCCUCACAAGGCAACUCUGUGUAUCAGGUCAACAUGAUCAACUACAUCAAACAGAAGUACAGCGAGCUGCAGGUGGUGGGAGGGAACGUGGUGACGGCAGCCCAGGCCAAGAACCUGAUUGAUGCAGGAGUGGACGCUCUGAGAGUGGGCAUGGGCUGUGGCUCCAUCUGUAUCACCCAGGAAGUGAUGGCGUGCGGGCGGCCUCAGGGCACCUCGGUGUAUAAGGUGGCAGAGUAUGCUAGACGUUUCGGUGUGCCAGUCAUCGCAGACGGCGGCAUUCAGACCGUGGGCCACGUGGUCAAGGCUCUCUCACUCGGGGCAUCCACAGUGAUGAUGGGCUCGUUGCUAGCGGCGACCACGGAGGCUCCGGGGGAGUACUUCUUCUCGGACGGCGUGCGGCUGAAGAAGUACCGCGGCAUGGGCUCUCUGGACGCCAUGGAGAAGAGCACCAGCAGCCAGAAACGCUACUUCAGUGAAGGGGACAAGGUGAAGGUGGCUCAGGGCGUGUCCGGCUCUGUCCAGGACAAGGGCUCCAUCCACAAGUUUAUCCCCUACCUGAUCGCUGGCAUCCAACAUGGCUGUCAGGACAUCGGCGCCAAGAGUCUCUCUGUUCUACGCUCCAUGAUGUACUCUGGAGAGCUGAAGUUUGAGAAGAGGACCACGUCUGCUCAGGUGGAAGGAGGAGUCCAUGGGCUUCACUCUUACGAGAAACGACUUUACUGAUGGAGGGGCCAGAAAGAAGCUGACUAGGGCCGCCCCCGACGCCCCCACCCCCGUUGUGACCAAACGUACCCGCCACAUCUGACACCCACCUCAUCACUCUCCCUGCCGACUCCCCACACACCCCACGGGAGAGGUCUGGGGGGAACACCUGCAAAACAAACACCAUCACCUGGGAAACAUGGGAUUUUGCACUUACGAAGCGGAACAUCAGGGUUUUCACCAUAACCCCCUCCCAGAAUACCGGUCCCCUUGGGGUGUGUGAGAGCGUGUUGAAGGAAGUAUUUGUGCGUGUGUGUGUGUGUGUGUGUGUGUGUGUGAGGACAAACUCAGUGAAGAAGGUGCUGUUAUGCUAUCUUCCUCUUCCUGGUGAAAGUGAGAGAGCCAUACUGUCACCCCUCUGUAUUCCCUGGGAUCUGCUCGUACCGACACCUCCACAUCAGAAGCCACAAACAUCCCAAUCAAACUAUAUAUGUGGAAAAACACUUGUCUUGCUACUCUGUGUGCAAGUGUAUUCUGGCAAUCCUCCUUUAUCUAUGUAGUCAGCUCUGUUUAUGCAGAAAGAUGGUAACUGCUUUGAGAAAAGUAUAUUCUGUUAAACUUUUGACUGAUUCAACUGACAGACUCAUUGGCUGGGACUCUAGACUAGGUGACGUUCCCUCGCUGUAGUGGCCAUGUCCAUACCCCCCUUGACUGUGAUUCAACUGACAGACUCAUUGGCUGGGACUCUAGACUAGGUGACGUUCCCUCGCUGUAGUGGCCAUGUCCAUACCCCCCUUGACUGUGAUUCAACUGACAGACUCAUUGGCUGGGACUCUAGACUAGGUGACGUUCCCUCGCUGUAGUGGCCAUGUCCAUACCCCCCUUGACUGUGAUUCAACUGACAGACUCAUUGGCUGGGACUCUAGACUAGGUGACGUUCCCUCGCUGUAGUGGCCAUGUCCAUACCCCCCCUUAGUCGACGUGAACCAAUCAACUAGUGGCCUAUCACAAUGCUUCUAGUGUGUUGAGAGCACGGUUGGGGCCAAAAGAUAGACAUCGGCCAUAGAUCGGCAAGGGACGUUUUUUAAAACCACAGUGUCGGUCUCAGAUGGGUAAUGCGAUAAUCUUUUAGACUGGAAUGAAACGAGUUUAGAGAAUUGUUUGAUUUAAAAGCUGCAGAGCAGGGUUCCCCAACUGGUAGCCCACGUGCCAAAUUUGACCCACGUGGUUUAAUUUGGCCCCCCCCCCCGGUAAAUAAAUAAUUAUUAUGCUUGGAACAAAAGAGUGUAAAAACACCAGUUAAUCAGAACCAAGUGAUUUUAAUUUUGGAUAUCUGUUCCCAAGUUUUCCUACAGAUAAUAAAUACAGAGAUGUCAUCGUAUACUAAAUGUAAACAAGGUUUGAAAUGAUUGUUUAAGUUAUAUCUGUUUGGGCCUCCUGCGGUCAAUUUGCAGUCUACAAAGUAUUUGUAAUUAUGUUCCGGCCCCUGCUCAUCCACCCAAGAAAUCGUCCCGAGGCUGAAUCUAGUUGACGAUCUCUGCUGAAGAAAGACCCAGCGGCUCGAAGGAGCAUGAAGGGUUUUGAUAUGUAUGUUUUUUAAAGCCUCAACACGGCUCUAUUUAUAUUCCGCUUUUUUCUAAUUCCGUACAUACUGCCAAAUGUAUCAACAUGCUCUCUGUUACACUUUGGUGUUAUUAAUACUAAAAGCCCAAAUUUAAAGCUACGAAUCGCCAGCAAUGUAGUCCCUCGCUCCACCCCUGUCCCAGAUUGUGGCACCGAUUGCUAGCAGCUUUGACCUGCUCUGAUUACCAGAGAUAUGCCUUGAAAUGGUGGUCGAUGAUGACCGCACAAGACGGAAAGUCUUAAAUUCCCGUAAGAACUGUGUAUGUGCAUGGCGCUAUACAUCCUCCUCACCCCCUUUCUCACUGAGAUGCCAUAUCUAUAUCAUUCAGCUUGUGUAGGAAUAGAUUUUUCUAACUUUUUUCGUAAACAAUGUCUUUUUUGCCAGAUGUUUUUUUUAGGAUGUCUCUAAGCUGUAGGAGUGACUUUCUUUCCGUUUUGUGCUAAUGUACUUUGCCCUACCGGGACCUCACUUGACUAACAGUACUCUUACAGUUGACAUGAAUAUUAAGUAAAUAUGUACAUGAAGAUGUAUGGAGAAUUAUAUACCUGUAUCCUGUUUGAAAUGGUUGUUUGCAGUCUCCCACCUUUAGUUAUAAGAAUCUCCACUGACUAUGAAACAGGCCUUGUUUACAAUGGGAUUACAACAGAAACCGGUCCCUAAUGCUGUAAAACAAUAAAAGUCCAAAUAUGUUGA